GCGGCGCCGCCAUGGCGGAGGGCGAGGGCCUGGUCUCCGUGGACUACGAGGUGUCCGGCAAGGUGCAGGGCGUUUUCUUCCGCAAGUACACCCAGGGGGAGGCUAAGAGACUAGGACUCGUUGGUUGGGUCCAAAAUACUAGCCACGGCACCGUGCAAGGACGAAUUCAGGGUCCACCUGCCAGGGUACGGGAGCUGCAGGACUGGCUCAGGAAGACGGGAAGUCCCCAGUCCCGCAUCAGCCGAGCCGAGUUCAGCAAUGAGAAGAAGAUCGCGGCGCUGGAGCACAAAGACUUCCAGAUUUUGAAAUAACUUUGUCUGGGAAGAAGCAAAAGCUGGAGCAUGAGCUGUCAUCACAGAACAUUUCCCCUCUUCCCCGUUCGUUCAGUCAGCCAGUACUCAGCUCUAGAACUUUAUUUUAUUACGUUUCUAAUUUAUUGGUUUGUUUUACUGUUAGUCUAACUCGCAGCCUUUCACAAAAUCUUGGCAGGUAGAGGAAGAGCUGUGCUAUCUUUAUUAAAGGGGCUGUUCAGGGACACAGCCUCUUUAUUUCUGAGUGUAUGCGCAGAGUGGGGUUUGAGGAGUUGUACGUGAGUAAAAUUUGUAAUUUGUGUAGCGUUGCGCUCACGUGAAGGAAAUCACAGACUCAAUGCCGAUAUGAAAAAUUGCUAAAAACGUUAUUUCUGUGCUCUGAAUGCCUCAGAAACGAUGUAUUUUGUUCCAUAACUUUAUUUUUUCUUUAGAAUAAAAUUGCUUGGAGCUUG